AUGUGUGGGUUAGGACAGGUGGUGGUUAGAAUGGGUAUUGGAGUUUGUGUUAGAGUGUGGUCGAGUGAGUUUAGAAGUUUGGUGUUAGAGUGGUGUGGUGAGUGGGUGGGGGGGAAUGGGGUGGGUGUUGGUGGGUGGUGGUGGUGGGGGUUAAAGGGUGGGGGUGGGGAGAGGGUGGGGGGGGAGAGGGUUGUUAGAGUGGUGGUGGGGAGAUUGGUGGGUAGGGGGUGGAGAGGGGGGGGUAGAGGGUGUGGUAGAGUGUGUGGGUUGAGUUUGUGGUUUGGAGUUUGUGGGUUAAUGGGUGGGUGGUUGAGUGUGUGGUGGUUGAUGAGGGUGUGGUUAGAGUUGGGUGUAGUGGGUGGUGGUGAGAGGUGGGUUGAGGGGUGGGGGGGGGGAUGGGGUUAG